UAGCCAAUAUCACCAACAAAAAUGACAAGCAUACACUGUCUACGUCUACACAUUAUCUACCACACAUUACCCAAUCACACAAAAUCCAAUCUAACUCAAACUUUUUUGGUAAGGCAAAAUCUGAAACACUACACCAAUUAAUUCCCUUUUAUCAAAUGAAGUCAUCACCACCCCUUUUCACCUUAAAAUUUCUCUACUAUGUCAUUUUUACUACUAAGAUGAUGUUGCACAUGUUAUGCUUAGCAAGUAACAGUGCACUUCACCCUAUAAUUCUAGUACCUGGCAGUGGGGGUAACAUAUUAGAGGCAAGACUAACGCCAAAUUAUAAGGCAUCAACCUUAAUUUGCAAAUUAUAUCCUGGGCGUUUGCAAAAAGAUAAAGAUGGUUGGUAUCGUAUAUGGUUCGACCCAAGUGUUGUUCUUGCUCCUUAUACUAAAUGUUUUGCAGAGAGGAUGAUGUUAUAUUAUGAUCCUGUUUCUGAUGAUUACUUCAAUGCUCCUGGUGUUGAGACUAGAGUUCCUCACUUUGGAUCCACUCAGUCCCUUUUAUAUCUUGACCCCAAUCUCAAGUCACUCUCAACAUAUAUGGCACCUCUUGUAGAAUCACUAGAAGAAAUUGGCUACAUUGAUAGCAAAACCCUUUUUGGAGCACCAUAUGAUUUCCGUUAUGGCUUAGCCCCAGAAAACCAUACAUGCCAUACUGGUUCCAAGUACCUACAAGACCUCAAAGAUCUCAUUGAAAAUGCAAGUGCAUUAAAUGGAGGAAAACCUGUUAUAAUUUUAUCCCACAGUUUAGGAGGACUAUAUGUCCACCAAUUACUCUUACGUAACACACCAUCUUGGCGACAAAAAUUCAUCAAGCAUUUCAUCGCGCUCUCAACUCCAUGGGGUGGAACUGUCCAAGAAAUGCUCACUUUCGCGUCAGGGUACACCCUCGGUGUCCCCUUAGUUAAGCCAUUGUUGAUAAGGGAAGAACAAAGAAGCUCGGAAAGUAACCUAUGGCUCAUGCCAUGUCCUAAAAUAUUUGGUCACUUCAAGCCCCUAGUGAUCACUCCAAAUGCUAAUUACACGGCGAAAGACAUCCCUAAGUUUCUUGAUGAUAUUGGAUUUUCGCAAGGUGUACAUCCUUACAGAACUCGAAUUCUACCAAUGGUUGAUAGAUUAAGGGCGCCUGAGGUGCCGGUUACUUGCAUAAUUGGAAGCGGAAUUGAUACAAUAGAGACUUUGUUCUAUGAUGCUAAAGGUUUUGAUAAGCAACCUUCUUCUAUAAUAUGGGGUGAUGGGGAUGGAACUGUGAAUUUGUUGAGUUUGCUAGCUGCUCAAGCAGAGUGGAUGAAUGAGAGUAAUCAACCACUUGAGAUCAUCAAUAUCAAAGGGGUUUCACAUACCAGUGUAUUAAGUGAUCGUGGAUCACUUGAUCAGAUUAUACGGGUCGUUUCUGAUGUGAACUCUCAUAGUUUUGAGUUAGCUAAUUCACUUGUAGAGAUGAAACCAGAACUUGAAACAACUAAGUAAAGCAUUUCCCCCUUCCCUUACAAGAAAAGGUGAAACACUUUUAGUCGUUAAUUACUGUUUGCCUGGGUCGUUCAUAUAAUUGAGUUAAACAUAAAUUUUAUAGGGUAUUUUUAUUUUAAUAAUGC